AGAAGCUCCCGUCCGUACAAGCAAAGGAAAGGCGCCCCAGGCGGCAACCUCGCCCAGAUGAAGCGGCCACGAGACGAUGACGCUCACAAUGAUAGAGGCAGAGAAGACAGCAGGGACAGCAGCAGCAGCUACAGCAUCAACCUCGACGUAUCACCCGGACAUCACCGCUCGCCAGAGGAGAGGGGAAGGAGCGGUCAGGGAGCAUCCCGAGCUCCACCUGGCGCACCGGUAGCCGGAGGCCCUAGCAACAAGGUGUCUUGCCUUCAAUGUCGCUCCAGUAAGGUGAGCAGAGAAGAAGUGUGAGACUGGUGCUGGCCCAUAGUGCAGAUAGCUCAAGACUCUUCCAUCGGUAUCGUAUGUGCUCAGGUGAAAUGUAUGCCUGUAGCAAAACCUUUAGGAUCGCCCUCAACGUCCACGACAGAUGCCGAAGAGCCUCCCAGAUGCGCUCGCUGUACACGGCUAGGCACAGAGUGCGUGUACGAGAAACAUAAGCGCGGGAGGAAGCCAGAAGCAAUCAAGUACAACCGGCUUGAAAGACAGCUGCAAGGCCUUCUUGCUGAGCUCCGUUCCGACAAACAGGACGAUACCUCGAGUAACCACUCGCAGGACAGUGAUCGGCAGAGGUUGCAUGGUCUGACCUCUGAUAUCUUGCACGAAUGGGAGCAAGGAAGAAGUUCGAGCGCCGGUGCCCGUGCAAGUUCCUCGGGACGAAGGCCUCCCACAGCAAGCCCCAGCGGCGCACGAACCUCGACAUACACCUCAUCACACCUUCCUUUGACUCUCCGAGGCGAAGACGAUCUCUCAGACUCAGGUCUUCCUUCUCUGAGCAAUCCGCUAAAGCUCCUCGUACAAGCGUCGGAAGAUCAUGCGGGCGAUAUUGAUGGACGAGACGAUGAGGAAGGUGGGACAAGCCACCAUGCAAACGACAAGGGGGGAGACGAGUCGCGCCAGCAUACUCGAAGACGACUUCAUGCCGCAAGGCCCCGCUCUUUGGCACAACGGUCAUCCUUUCUCCAGAGCCCAUCUUUCGCACCUCGUGGUCUGUAUGAUGCCGAUCACGACAAUGCCCCUGAGCUAGACCCGAUCUCUAUAGGAAUUCUCACCUUGAAUCAGGCACAACACCUCUGGUCCGUAUUUCUCAUCAGGCUGAGCCAUCCACUGAUCCUUCUCGAUCCAAAGUUGUACACCUUCGACUACGUGCGGCCUCGAUCUGCGAUGCUCCUUUCCGUAGCGGUAGGCCUCGCAGCCCGCUUCGUUACGCCUUCACCGACGCUGCCGACCCCUGCGAUUGCCGAAGCACUUGACAAGCACAUCUUGUCAAAGAUCAUCCCUACUAUUCUCUUGGACGGUAAACGCUCGGUUCAUAUCAUCAAAGCUUUUACUCUGUUGGCUGCAUACAACGGCUGGGCAGUGCUGGGCGAAGAUCGCAGCUUCUCAUAUGUGUCCUGGGCAUGGUCAAUGUGUGUCGAGCUGGACCUGAAUCGAAGGAUGGUUAGCCUGCAAGCCGAUCCUCAAGAUGAGAUGCUGCAGCGCAAAUUGAGAGAGCGGGAGAGGACGUACCUUCUCUGCUGGACCUACUCUUUCUCCAUCGCACUCCAUACAGGCCGCAGGUGUUCACUCUCCAUACACGACCCUAUGAUCGCCGCUGCCAAGGAGUGGCACCAUUCGCCGUAUGCCCUUCGGGAAGACGCUGGGCUGGUAUCUAAUGUUCAGCUGCGUCAGCUUAUUGCUCGCAACCUCGACUAUUACACAUCUCACGUGGCGCCGCUCAUGCCCAAGGCUCCAGAUCCAUCUGCGCGACCCUCUUCCUCCAGUGACACUCAGCCGGAUCCGGCUUGCCGCCUGCUGUUGGACUUUCACGGACGAUCUAUUACAGAAGACCUCGAUGCUUGGCAUGCUACUUGGGUCAUGCCGACCUCACUGGGGCAUCACCAUCACGCGGAUAGGGUUGGCAACGGCAGCACAGAACACGACGAUUCUGCGCAAUCUUCCCAGCCUUUCCGCCUGCGUACGACUGCCUUCUAUCACGCCUACGCAUCCCUCAUAUUACAUUCACUGCCACUUCGGCACGGGUCAGCCAAUGCAGCAGACGAUCAAGACGUCUCGCUGAGAAGAUUCACCGAACACGCUCAACGUGCGGCUUUGAGCGUCAUAGCCUUCUUCCUACGUCUUGACCUGGAACUGCUCACCACUUCACACAACUCGAUCUUCCUCACUGUUGGAUUUGCAGCAGUCUAUGCCCUCCUGAGAGGCUCGCGCGAUCGAGACAGUAACGUCGAACAGCGCGGCUCUGGCAGCGAUGAGAUCAAGAAGAUCGAGAGUAUGAUCGAGCAAGUCGUGGAGCGGAUGGAAGAGGCAGGCAGGGUGACGGAGCACAGGCACAGCUUCGCUUCGCAACAGGCUGAGUUCCUGCGAAGAAUUGUCAGACUGCAAGGAAUCAAGCGCCGAAGUAGGCCUGUGCCGCGGGCAAUCCAAGAGGAAGUCGCGGAGAGUGUGGCUCAAUCAAGGGCUGCUUCGGCGGGCACCCAUGCGGCUAGUGCCUCUUCGGCGGACCUGGGCUCAUCCUAUGGACGACAGGUCUAUCCCACGAGCGCCCACGGCGUUGCGCCACAUCCUGCUGCAGAUGAAUCAGGUAAAGAUGUUCUCAACAGCACCGGCAGCGCCCCCAUGCCUCGAUCUUAUCCCCAUAGUACUGCAUCGCAUAUCCCACAGCAAGCGCCUGCCUUGCCUCAGCAUGGCAACAGAUAUGCCCCACAUGCGCAGCAUUAUAGCGACGGCAGCAACAGCAACAAUGUCUUUGGAACCGACCUCGACUUUGACCUUGCACUCGGUCUAGACGUGGGAGGCAACAGUGCCAACAACGCUGCUCCUUCUUCACUUUCCAGUGGCACCGGCAAUGGGAAUGCAGCCGUCGGCGGUGGGCCUUAUACUUCCUUUAGAGGCAACGGCGGUGAAUUUGCCGGCAGACCAAUGGGCGGCUCACCCGAUGCCUUGAUGGACACACUGAUGAUGAACAAUCCCAUUGGACUGCACUUGAACUCUUUAUUGGCGCCGGACCCGAAUGAUUGGGCUGCACCCGACUGGUCCUUUUUCAUGCCUCAUGGCAAUGAUGGGACACGCAAUUGAGCAGUGUCUGUCCCUCAGACUGCAGACGAGAAUGAUGUUAGGCGGCGGCGUGGUAUUGAGUUGAGUUGUGAAUAUAGCGGAACGAUGCAAAUGAUUCUACAACAAUGUCCAC